CAACACUUAUCCAAAUUUGGCCCUCCUCCCCUUCUCUCUCUCCCUUGUUUUCCUCCCUUCCUUUUUCUUUUUCUUUUUUUUUUUCUUCUUUCUGCCAUUUCCGAGGAAAUUACUACUCAAUCCCGAAUAUUCGCAUAGGAAAAAAGAAAUCGCAAAUUCCUUUGGAGAAUAGAAGCAAAAAAGAAAAAAAAAAUGCCCUUUGCAAAUUUCUCCCAUUUUUUAUUACCUAAAUCUUGACGUCCAAUGGCACUUCUCGUAUCGCCGGAAGUGGCCUCUAUCUGCGGCCGGCGUUGUGAAACUCCGGCCAGGGUUCUCUCUUACACCAACCGGAAAAAUGUGGUUGCGGUUUCUAAUGGUGGAAAGAGAGCCGUUAGGGUUAGGGUUUCUUUGGAGGAGGCUAAUGUUUUGAAUUUGGGGAGAAAUGUGGGUUUGUUAUGCGGUAUCGGCCAUUUCUCUGCUCCGGUGAAGCAGGCAGUCACUGUGCCGUCUCCGAAGCCGAGCAAGGAGGAGGAGGAGAAGCGAAAUUAUUAUCUGAAUACGGGUUAUGCUAUUCGGACCCUCCGGGAGGAGUUCCCUGCCCUGUUUUAUAAGGAACUCACUUUUGAUAUUUACAGGGAUGAUAUAGUGUUUAAGGAUCCCCUCAACACAUUUGCUGGGAUUGAAAACUAUAAAUCAAUAUUCUGGGGUUUAAGGUUCCAUGGCAGAAUAUUUUUCAGAGCCUUGUGGAUUGACAUUAUCAGUGUAUGGCAGCCUGUGGAUAACAUGAUAAUGGUCCGUUGGACUGUUCAUGGCAUUCCUCGAGUUCCAUGGGAGAGCCAUGGUCGAUUUGAUGGUACAUCUGAGUACAAACUCGACAAAAAUGGGAAGAUAUACGAGCACCAUGUGCACAACAUUGCUUUGCACACACCCCCGAAGUUCCGUGUGCUUGCUGUUGAGGAAAUGAUUCUGUCUGUUGGCUGUCCCUCGACUCCAAAGCCAACUUGUUUUGAGAGCUCAUCUUCUUCCAUCGGAAAUAUUGUAGAACCAGUGAAAUUCAAAGGAGUCGAGCAUUAUGUAUCUUCCAUCUUAACUGGUGUUCAUGGAUCUGAUUCAGAAUGGUUGAGGAAAUCUUAAAUAUGGAUGUAGUCCUAGAAUUUUGAUCAAUUUUGUCCGCCUACUCUCUGAUGUCUUAUAUCAGUUUAUCUGCUGUGAGUGGAAAAAUUCAGUUUAGCCAUGAGACGGCCAGGGAGUUGAACUCAUUAUUGGAAACUCAGAUUAUACCUCAUGAUGUCUGAUCAAACGCUUCUGUGAGCUGCAGCUGCAUAGCCUUUGUAAUAUUAUAUUACUUGAGUUGGAGUGGAUUCCUGCGGAUGUAGCCUCUGGCGCGUAUUGUGUGACUGUAAAUCUCGUGUAUAUAGUACAAGAGUGUACUACUUUAGCUGUCUGUUUGUACUAGUUAGUUGUAGAAACAUAUAAUGUAAAGUUGGUGUAUGACUUUUAAACUGGUAUACCUUGAUGCUUCCCUCUGAGUAUUGAUCAACAAGGUCAAUCCGACCUAUUACUAAAAGGCUAAUAGCCUUUGGUUGAUUCCUAUUCUGUUAUGUAUGGUGUUUGUGUUUUAGUUGA